AUGAACGUUUUAGAUUGUUUAAUUGAAGCUUUGCUUGCGAUUCCUGCACCUGGAAUUUGGACAAAAUCAAUCAUUCCAGGAAUACGUGCCUAUGGAUUAAUUGAAUCUGAUGCGCUUUUAAACAAUUUGCAUUCGAUUCUGUACAUUACUGCUUUCUACCACUUAGUCUUUCUACUUAGUGCGUGGUUUGUGUUUCCUAGGAUAUCUCAAUGGAGGAUCGAUUGCCUAUUAGCUGAAGAGAAAGAAAAAGAUAUUAAAGUGGAACACAAGUAUUCUCGUACUCAACGUGCUAAAUCACUAAGUAAUCAAGCUGCACUUCAUUUAGUAUCUUUUUCACAAACAAUUAUUGUAUUAUAUUUAUCAAUAUCGUUCCUUAUCUCACACGAAAGGUCCGUGAUACCCUAUCCAGAUCCAGCAUCUCGUAUCUUUGACGAAACUCGUGAAACUAGAGUCAUCUGUAUAUUUGCCAUAGGUUAUUUCAUCUGGGAUGCAUUAAUUUCUGCGGCUUAUUCUACUUUACCUUUCGUUAUGCAUGGUGUCGUUUCUACUGCAAUGUAUGCCAUUGGUAUCAAACCAUAUUUACAAUAUUAUGCACCUGUUUUCUUAAUCUUUGAAUUAUCAAACCCUUUCCUAAAUAUCCGUUGGUUUGCAUUGAAGUAUUUACCAAGUGAGAAUCAAAUAUGUAGUCGUUUCCAAUUAUUUAACAAUUUAAUCUUUUUGGUAACUUUCUUCUUGGGAAGAAUUGCAUGGGGUUGGUAUCAAAUUGGCUGUCUAUGUUACGAUUUCUACAUGGUAAGUGCUGAUCCAAGAUACUUAUACUGGGACUCUCUAAUCAUUGUAGCUGGUAAUUUGGUACUUGAUGUAUUGAAUGCCUACUGGUUCAAGACAAUGGUUGGUGUUGCUAUCAAAGCUAUCAAAGGUGGCGCCCAAAAGAAACAUGACGAUGUCAAAAAGGCAUGUUAG